AUGGACCAGAGGCAGCCCGCCGGGGAGGGCGAGCGAAUUAGGCGCUCCCGGAGCCGCUCAGCUCAAGGUUUAGGCUCGGCUGCUCGGAGCUUCUCGCGCAGCCGAAGCCGCUCGCCGGUGGCCGCGCGCGAGCCGCGCGACGUCGCUCGCCGCUACCAGCUCGCCUCGUUGCUCGCGCCGACCACUGCCGAGCUGGUAGCGGAACCGCGACCACUGCUCACCGCGACGGCGGAACCGCCACCUUGGUUUUUGUAUUUGCCCGACCAAGCCGACCAAAAAUACGAAGAGGCCUCGGCGGUGGCGGUCAAUGCGUGCGCCGAGGACACGAAGGGGCAGACGUGCUGGAUCUGCUUUGACGACGGUUCGGAAGAGGGCCUCGUGCGCGGGUGCGCCUGCCGAGGGGGGGCGGGAUUCGCGCACUUGUCGUGCCUGGCGAAGCAGGCGAAGAUCUUGGUCGCGGAGGCUUUGGAGAAUAAUUUGUUCGACCAGGCGAAUGAGCGCUUUAACCGGUGGGACACGUGCGGCCUGUGCGAGCAAAAGUAUCACGGCGUCGUACAACACGCGCUCGGGUGGGCGUGCUGGAAAACGUACGUAGGGCUGCCGGAGGCGGACAGGGUUCGGGUGUUGGCGAUGAACCUACUUGGGAACGGUUUAUCCGCGGCAAAGCAACACGAGGACGCGUUGUCCGUGAGAGAGGCCGAGAUGUCUAUGCUGCGGCGCCUUGGCGAUUCAGAAGGAAAUAUACUUAUCAUGCAGGGCAACCUUGCGUCGUCGUACAGAGCGCUGGGACGACUUGACGAGGCAAUAAGUAUGCGGCGAGACGUCUAUUCUGGUUGGUUGAAGCUCGAGGGCGAGGAAAGUAGGAAAACCCUCCUAGCAGCCAACAACUACGCUUCGACGCUGAGACAACUAGAACGCUUCAAAGAAACUAAGGUCCUGUUGCGCAAAAUGAUGCCCGUGGCGCGACGCGUUCUCGGAGAGAGUCAUGAUCUCAUGCUCAGAAUGCGGUGGAUUUAUGGUAAGGCGCUCUACAAAGACGACGCCGCCACGCUCGACGAUCUCCGCGAGGCCGUGACGACAUUCGAGGAAAUUGAACGGAUCGGGCGGCGCGUGUUCGGCGGCGCGCACCCGCUCGUAGCGGGGGUUGAGGGGGCCCUGCGACAGUCGCGAGCCACGCUCCGCGGCGCCAACGCCAACGAGAGGCACUUUCCCCUGGGAACUCAAGUAUCAUGAUCGCUCCUCGGUCCAGCGGCUCGUCUCUCGUUGGCGCUGGGGGCACGAAAACCACAGGCCGAGUUGUUUAAAG